UCGCUGCGGGCCCAUGAGGCGGUCCUCCGGCCCUCCGCCCUGCGCUGUCUCGGCUCUGGCAGCGCCGCCGCUCUCGUUACCCAGGCCAUGGCGGGCGUCUUCGACAUCGACCUGGACCAGCCUGAAGAGGCGGCCUCGGACGAGGAACUGGAGGAGGGGGGUCACUUAAGUGAGAGCAUGGAGCAUGGGGGAGUUGUUCCAUAUGAGCUCGGCAUGGAACAUUGUGAAAAAUUUGAGAUUUCAGAAACAAUUGUGAACAGAGGCCCUGAAAAGAUACGCCCAGAGUGCUUUGAGCUGCUACGUGUUCUUGGAAAAGGUGGCUAUGGAAAGGUUUUCCAAGUCCGAAAAGUAACGGGAGCAAACACUGGUAAGAUUUUUGCCAUGAAGGUGCUUAAAAAGGCAAUGAUAGUGAGAAAUGCAAAAGAUACAGCUCACACAAAAGCAGAGCGGAACAUCUUGGAGGAAGUCAAGCACCCAUUCAUCGUUGACUUGAUUUAUGCCUUUCAGACUGGUGGAAAACUCUACCUCAUCCUUGAGUAUCUCAGUGGAGGAGAACUGUUCAUGCAGUUGGAAAGAGAGGGGAUAUUUAUGGAAGACACAGCUUGCUUCUACUUGGCUGAAAUCUCAAUGGCUUUGGGGCACUUGCAUCAGAAGGGGAUCAUCUACCGAGAUCUAAAGCCAGAAAACAUCAUGCUCAAUCAUCAAGGUCAUGUUAAACUUACAGAUUUUGGACUGUGUAAAGAAUCCAUUCAUGAUGGGACAGUCACGCAUACAUUCUGUGGAACAAUAGAAUACAUGGCUCCCGAAAUCUUGAUGAGGAGUGGGCACAACCGUGCUGUGGACUGGUGGAGUUUGGGGGCAUUAAUGUAUGACAUGCUGACUGGAGCACCCCCAUUCACUGGGGAGAACAGGAAAAAAACAAUUGACAAGAUUCUCAAGUGUAAACUCAAUUUGCCUCCCUACCUCACACAAGAAGCCAGAGAUCUGCUUAAAAAGCUGCUAAAGAGAAAUGCUGCCUCACGUCUGGGAGCUGGUGCUGGAGAUGCUGGAGAAGUGCAGGCUCAUCCUUUCUUCAGACACAUUAACUGGGAAGAGCUGCUGGCUCGGAAGGUGGAACCCCCAUUCAAGCCAUUACUGCAAUCCGAAGAGGACGUGAGCCAGUUUGAUGCAAAAUUUACUCGUCAGACUCCUGUCGACAGCCCUGAUGACUCGACUCUCAGCGAAAGUGCCAACCGGGUCUUCCUGGGCUUUACGUAUGUGGCUCCCUCUGUACUUGAAAGUGUAAAAGAGAAGUUUUCCUUUGAACCAAAAAUCCGAUCACCUCGCAGAUUCAUUGGCAGCCCACGGACACCAGUCAGCCCUGUCAAGUUCUCUACUGGGGACUUCUGGGGGCGAGGUACUUCCUCCAGCAUGGCAAACGCCCGUACGCCUGUGGAAUACCCGAUGGAGACAGGCGGGAUUGAACAAAUGGACGUGACAGUCUGUGGGGAAGCCUCGGCUCCACUUCCAAUCCGGCAACCAAACACCGGGCCGUACAAAAAACAAGCCUUCCCCAUGAUUUCCAAGCGGCCAGAGCACUUGCGCAUGAAUCUAUGACGAAAUCAAUGGCAAUCAUUUCCAAAAACCUGCUUUUCUGGGUAGCAGCCACAGGACACAAGGAUGAACCUCCUGCGAGGGGCGUCUCCCUCCCAUCACGCCGUAAUAUGAGGGCUCUUUUGGCGUCUUUCUCAGUGACGGAAUCAAAGUCGGUCAUUGCACAGAAUGGACUGAGAAAGAAGAGCGCAAAAACCAUGGAUCCUCCACCACCACACCCCCUUUGUUGUCUCUGCUUUGAAUCAAUGGUGCAUUAAGAGAGGACUUGAGCAAAACGGUCUUUUGUAACUCUUAAAGCGCAGCAGCGAAACGCGCAUGCGGUGCGCCAUCCUUUCCACUCUUUAUCAAGGAUUUUUCAGGGUGAUGGCUUGAAGUCAGGCAGUAUUGAGGACUGUUGCUUCUGCGUCGUUCUCUCUGAAGAGUUAGCCCACGCCACUGGGCCAAAUAUGCAGAGCGCCCACCUCUGGUGCUUUACCCUCCCAAGGAUUAGUCCACCUGCAAACUAGUUACAGAUGGCUUCCUGCGCUUUUGUGAAAUUGGAAGUCUGAGCCAGACUCCAACACUUGGUGUUCCAUCUGCAGAUAAACAAUCUAAACAAACCUUUUUUAAAAAAUAGUAUAAAUAUAUAUUUUUCAAAUAGAUUUCCCCCCUUGUUUUGAGUUGGUUCAUUAUGGAAAGUAUCCCAAACUUGGAAUUAUAUGCAGAAUUACUGGCUGGAUGCAGCAGAAAAGUGGGGAGGGGCAGAAGAGAGCAGGCUUAAAAAUGUGUUUGUCCUCCCUGGUGAAAUAAUGAAGUGGUUUUGUAAAACUAGUAAUAAAUAUAAAAUCGCAGUUAGUUAUGUUAUUGGAACAGGGUGGGUAAGGGAAUUCCCCCUGCCAUCUUAUGUAAAAUGGCUCUUAGCUACACGAAAUGAAUUGGAUUAGGUGAUUUUGUCUGUGCUUAAAACCCUUAGCGGGUGCAGAAGCCGUAACCUCCGAUUCAGCAUCUCUGGUGUUCACGUUGGUGUGGUAUCCAACGGUAUCCAUACUUGGAGUAGACCCAUUGAAAUGAAAAGGACAUGACUAACUUAGGUCCAUUGGUUCUGGUGGUUCUGCUCUAAGCAGAAUUGCGCCGGAUGCAUCCCCUAGAGUUCCAUGUGAACAGCAUCACUCUCUCUUCUAGUACAGAGAGCUGUAUACAUGCAUUAGAGUCGUCCAUCUCCCUUCUCCGGGAUACCUUUUGGUUACUGCCAUGAGAUUAUAUGAUUGUUCUGCCUUUUUUUUAAAAUCAUUCUAAGCAGGAACCUGCUGGCAAAAACUGCACCCCUUAUUUUGUAUAAUUUUCUCAAGAGACACCGGGAACGUGUUCAGAUUGUUUAAGCCAUCAAAAAAAACAACACCCCGGUAACAAUAAACGGUAUUAGAGAGGGAUGCAAUCAGAGUAGUGAUCAGAUUGCUACAGGAGACUGUAUCAAUUUUUUUUAAAAAAAAAAUGCAAUUAUGCUGGUCUUGCAGCUUAAGUGGUAACGCCAUUUGGAGAGACGGUUUUCUCCCAACUUUGCUCUGUUUCUCAUUUUCAUGACGAAUUACAAAAAAAAAAAAAAAUGGUUUGUUUGUUUGUUUUCCUGUGCUGGGGCAAUCCAUCUGCUGAUUGUAUUGAAAACAAAGCAAAACACAAAACCAAGUAUUAAGAUGGCCUUCAACGAAUAGUCUUCCAGAGAACUUUUGCAACUUAAUUUUAGGAAACGUCCAAAAGGUUUACUAUUUAUGUUUUCUGCGAUUGGUAUUGAAGAAAAAAAUCUGUACAAAAAUGACUUUACAGGUACAAAGAAUCAAAUAAAGGUAUCUUCACCUUAACGUAAAUACUUCCUGCCUUAAAGAAAGCAUUUCCAUGGACAUAGAGCUGGUGAAAGAAGUAAUAACAGUCUGCAGAGCUUUACUCUACAGAGUGUGUGCGAGUGAAGUGGUGUGCAUGGGUGUUUGUGUAACUGUGUGGCAGCAUACAAGUCCUGGUACUUCUUCCUGCUUUUUCUGUGCAAAUUCUGUCACUGUAGGAAACAAUCUUUUUUUUUCUUUAUUUUGAUUCUCGAGCCAUAGGAUCCAAGCCAUAACUCUUCCCCCCCCCCAAAAAAAAAUGAAUCCAGUCUGAGGCGCCACCUUUUACAAUAUGCAGCAUUGAAUGAAAUCUAAUUGAUAUUAAGCCCCAGGAGGUUAGAUUCUGCUUUGGAUUCCUAGGAUCUAUGGAUCCCCCCUGCUGUCUUACACCAUGCCAUUCCAGAGGCCUCUUCCAUCCUCAGUAGUGGUUUUUAAGGGUGUGGGGCAUGUGAGGCUGUUCUGAGAACAGGAGGGGACUGUGAGCGGGGUGCUGCCUGCAGUUGUCUGGAUUCAACCAGGAUAUUGCCUGUGCCAAGGAUGGGCAACCUCUGUGGCCCUCUAAAUGUAGCUGGGCUACGACUUCCAUCAGCCCCAGGAGAGUCACUAAUGGGAGUGGUGCCGAAUGGCAGUUUUAAAAAACCCUCUUGGUUUCAGUGGGGGCCAAGUCGAACAUUAAGAGGUGCGAGAUCUGCUUCCCCCAGAGUGACUCACGUCCUGGUGAUGUUCCUAUGUUUGAAUCAUCUGGGUGUAUGGGGGAGAUGGGAUUGCAUCAGCGCUAUCCGCUCCAGGGUCAGUCACAAGCCCUUGCGCUUGCUGCCAGUAUUAAUCCAACUUCUUGCAGGUAUGCAGAUACGAAGUGGAGCCGGGGGCAAGAGGUGCCAGUGCUGGAAAGUGGAGCCAGGCCUAAGGUUAGACAACUUCCGCUGUGUGGUGGAUGCGCAUCCGCAAUGAAAUGUGUAGUUGUGAGGAGUACCAUGCUAAAAUGCCAUUUAUGUAGUCCCCUCGUUUGGGGGGGGGGGAACGCACACUAAUCGCACAUUGGAGAGUGGCAGGGGGGAAGGCUUAUAUGUGAUCCCUGCAUCCCAUGUAACAGCAUGGUGGAGCUGAGGGCUGUUUGUCAAGACUGUCACUGCCUGGGUAGUCUCAACCAGAUCGUGGUCAUGGCUGACAGCUCCUGGGUUGUUGCUGGUGUGGGAGCGCUGACUUAUUGUUUAUCCUUUGGUUUCACAAGGAAAAGUCCUGUUAAGGCAGGGAUUGGGGGCCCUCCUGAUGUUUUUAGACUCCCAUCAGUUCAAGCCAGCAUGGCCAAUCGGGGACAACGGGAGUUGGAGUCUAGCACCACCUGAAGGGCCACAGGUUCCCCCAUUUCCUGUCUUAAGGCAACUUGAAAGUGCAGUGACUCUAGGCAACAGCCUUUGCCGAACGUUUUCCGCUUCUGUUAACACAGUUGAGGUUGCCGUUCCCUCACGUCAGUAUUGGAGGCGGUAUAGUUUUGGGUUGCGGAUGAUGGCUGGAACCUUGUCUGUGGAAGUAAGAAAUGGGUUAUGUUGCAGUCGUGUACGCAAAUUACCUCCGAGUAAGUCCCAUUGAACUCAUUGGGACAUUCUUCUGAGUAGACGUAUAGGAGUGUGCCGUUAGGAACAGUUCCCCGGAGUCAGUAGGCAACAUGGUUCCAUCUUGGUGCUGUGGACUACAACUCCCAUCACUGCUGACCAUUGGCCAUUCUGGUUAGGGCUGAUGGGAGUUGUAGUCCACAACAUGUGGAAGAUACCACAUUCAGUAACUGGAUUAUGCCCAAACCCCAUUGAAACGGUCAGGAGUCAUACAAGAGCUUAACUUUUCAAUGAACCCCUUCCCUAAAAUCAGACAAGAUUGUCCGAUUGGCUAAUAGUGGCUAGCAGGAGAUGGCAGAGCGUUUUGAAUCUGCUUUUCCUGGUUUGAUCAUUUCACUAACUCCCUGAAUUGUGCUCAUUCUCUUUUUAACUGUGAAACAUUUUGGAAUCUUGACUUGGGGCAGCAAGCACACACUAUGCAAUAUGGGUUACCCUGUAUUUAUUUGUAUAAAAAUAAAUAUCCAAACCUUGAUCUCUUUUUCUCUGUCUCUGUAUAUAGCUGUUAUAGUAUCAAUACUGUGUUUGUCACAAAUGUUCAAAAAGGAGUGGAAUUCUUAGUCCUGUAUGACUUCAGAAAGAAUACUGGCAUGUGAAAAGCAGGGGCUGACGGAAAAUUUAAGUGCUUUUUUAAAAAAAAUAAAGUCUUAAAAGUUUUCAUUAAGGUAUAGGAAUUAAGAUUUAUUUUGUACCAGAUGUGCUUUUUUAAUUAUAAUCUUGGGAUUUUGCUAUAAUUUGAUUUUUAUAGAUUUUUGUAC